UCUAUAAUUAUACCAUUCAUUUUUUGCCAUUGUGUUAUAUUGUUUGUCGCACUCAUUUCUGGUUGAUUGUUUUAUUAAUUGAUUGUAUUGGAAUUCUAGUCAAUUCGAAAUGUAAUAUACUUAUUUAUCGUGCUAUUCACUUAACAACUAAUAACGUAAACUAAAAUCUCGACAAAAAACAAAGCUUUAUGGGUAAUAGUUCAACUAAUAAACAAUGGAGGUAGACAAUGUAAACAAUGAAAAUGCGUUGAAUGAGCUGUGUUACAAUUUUGAGGAUUUCACUGGUCAACUGAAUUCAAGCCCAAAUGUUGAUUUUACAGGCUCAAGUGAUUUAAUAGCUGAUCACACUUGGAUAAAUGAAUUGGAUCAUAACACGGUUUCAUGGCUAACCAAUGAUGAUGUCAAUCUUGAGAAUUCUGGUUUAUCUGAUUAUAAUGACCCAACAACAUUAAAUUACUCUUAUUACCCAUCGGAUUUAUUAUCAACAUCUCCUUCGUACCUGCCAAGUACAACCGUGUCAACAUUGCCAUUAACCCCAGCAGCAACUCUGCCACAUGAUAUGUUAUCAGUAUCAUCUUCAUUAUCAUCUCCAGCACAAUCCCCAUCAAUAUCCCCCUCACUGUCACAAGAUUCACCGUCGCCAUCAAUAUUUUCACACGAAACCGAUUCAACAACAAUAUCAGAUGAUUGGGUUGCUUUGAAGGACAACGAGGCGCGUCGAGACAUUGAAUUGCUAAAUCUAUUUGAAUCGACUGUUUUUAAUCGAUUACUUGAGGACAAUUUUAUCCAAUUAAACUUACAAGAAGAACGUUUAAGUAUUGAAAGUGGCCUGCGUCAAUUUGAAUACAAAAAGUACCAUGAGCUUGCCAAAAUAUCUGAUAUUUUACACGAGAACAGAGACGCUGCACUUGAGAGAACUGAGCCUGUUGAUAAAUUUCAAAUAAACAUAAUUCAAAAGCACACCGAGAAGUUGAUUGCAGCUGUAAAAAAGAUAACAUCGUUUACAAAUCUAUGUCUCGAUGAUCAAAUUUCCUUGCUCAAAUCGCGUUUCCUGGAUCUGUGUAUAAUCAAAAGCAUAAUCUUCGUUGAGCCAGAAACGAGAUCAAUCAAGAUAAAUGGACAAAAAAUCAGCAUGGAAAGGUGUUCCAUGAUGAAUGACAACAUGUUUAUUGAAUUGACCGCAUCUAUCCACCCGAUAUUACGCUCUGACCCACUAAUCAAUCUAUUGAUACUUAUACUUUGCCUUCUUAACCCUAACUCUGCAAGCCUUCGGUCCUCUUAUGCUGUCAGGAAGGAAUAUUUUAUCACAGUUCAUUUGGUACAAAAGUAUUUAGAAAUUCGUGGUUUUUCAAUCUUGGAAGCCAACUAUGAAAUCAAGAAGCUGAUUUGUAAUUUAGAGAAUUUCCUGUUACUUUUUAAUGCCAGGAAAAAGAUUCAAGAUAUCGUCAAAAGACAUUUGGGUUACACAUCUCAACUAAUCACGGAAAUGUUAGAUAUUAAUGGUCAAUAAUCAUGUUUAAAUCAAAUGUCAGGAUUGAGCGCAAUCCAUCAAAUUGAGUUGAUUUCAUUUACUUUUGUAAAAAGUAAUUUUGAUGAGGAAAAAACACUCUGUUUGAGGAAAUAUUUUUAUCGCAAAAGUUAUUCAGUAUUGUAAUGAAUAAAAAAUUUUAUUUUGAAAAUAA